AAAUAUUCAAAAUGUGGAGCAACUUGAACUUUUUGUUCAGAACCGAAAUAAUUUUGCCGCGAAAAUAAAUGAAUUCUUGGACAAUUUUGAUUGGUUGUACGAUAUUAUGGAAUGAUAGAUGGCGUUGUAAUGGAACUGGUGAUUCAGUAAUGGAUGACAUCGAUUUUCCGAUAUUUUCAUAUUUUGUCUAAUAUUGCAGCAUAUAAAGAUUAGAAAUAAUUAGGAGCUUACAAACAUAAAUAUCAAGAUGGGGGCGUUAUUCCGGAGUGAAGAGAUGACACUAUGUCAGUUGUUCCUCCAAUCAGAAGCAGCCUAUGCCUGUGUGUCUGAGUUAGGAGAGUUAGGACUCGUACAGUUUAGAGAUCUAAAUCCAGAUGUCAGUGCAUUCCAGAGAAAGUUUGUGAAUGAAGUUAGACGUUGCGAUGAAAUGGAACGAAAGCUUCGUUUCCUUGAGAAGGAGAUUAAGAAAGAUGGGAUCCCUAUGCUGGACACUGGGGACAAUCCUGAUGCCCCUGCCCCAAGGGAAAUGAUUGAUCUUGAGGCUACUUUUGAAAAACUUGAGAAUGAGAUGAAGGAAGUGAACUCUAACUCUGAGGCCCUCAAGAGAAACUAUUUGGAGUUGACAGAACUGAAACAUAUUCUGAGGAAAACACAAAACUUCUUUGAUGAGGCUGAAAUUCAUCAUCAGGCAAUGAAUGAUCCCGCCUUGUCGGAGGAAAACGUGGGACUUCUCGGGGAAGAUGGAUUACGUGCAGGGGGCCAAGCCCUCAGACUCGGGUUUGUAGCGGGUGUUAUUCUACGUGAAAGGAUUCCCGCAUUUGAGAAGAUGCUGUGGAGAGCGUGUAGAGGGAAUGUUUUCCUUAAACAGGCAGAGAUUGAGACACCACUCGAGGAUCCACUUACAGGAGAUCAGGUGAACAAAUCGGUGUUCAUCAUAUUCUUCCAAGGAGACCAGUUGAAAUCUCGUGUUAAAAAGAUCUGUGAGGGGUUCCGUGCGACAUUGUACCCUUGUCCAGAGACCCCCGCUGAGAGGCGAGAGAUGGCCAUAGGGGUCAUGACCAGAAUAGAAGAUCUGAACACUGUAUUGGGCCAGACUCAAGAUCACAGGCACCGUGUCUUAGUAGCUGCAGCCAAGAACAUUAAAGUCUGGUUCAUCAAGGUGAAGAAGAUCAAGGCCAUCUAUCACACAUUGAAUAUGUUCAACUUGGAUGUAACACAGAAGUGUCUCAUAGCUGAGUGUUGGUGCCCAGUGGCUGACCUAGAUAAGAUACAGUUGGCUUUAAGAAGGGGAACUGAACAAAGUGGAAGUAGUGUACCAUCUAUAUUGAACCGUAUGACCACAAGGCAGGAGCCACCGACAUACAAUCGAGUCAACAAGUUCACAACAGCAUUCCAGGGAAUUGUUGAUGCCUAUGGGGUAGCUAACUAUCGAGAAGUUAAUCCAACCCCGUACACUGUCAUAACCUUCCCAUUCCUCUUUGCUGUCAUGUUUGGAGAUGCAGGACAUGGGAUCAUCAUGUUCCUCUUUGCUCUCUUCCUGGUGUUAAGGGAGAAACAACUAGCAGCUGCCAAGAUAGAUGAUGAGAUAUUUAAGAUGUUAUUUGGUGGCCGCUACAUUAUAUUACUGAUGGGAAUAUUCUCUAUAUACACUGGUGUCAUAUACAACGAUUGGUUCAGUAAAUCCAUCAACAUAUUCGGAAGUGCUUGGAUUGCAGAUAUAAACAGAUAUACUGCUAAUGGUAGUUGUGGGGCGGGUUAUGCUGAGUGUGUUAAUUUAUCCAACACCAAAGAUGUACAGCUGAAUCCUGCAAAUGCUUCAGAGUUUACUGGAAAAGUCUAUCCAUUUGGGGUUGAUCCAAUCUGGCAACUCUCCACAAACAAGAUCACACUUCUGAACUCCUACAAGAUGAAACUGUCUGUCAUACUAGGUGUUGGCCAGAUGUUGUUUGGGAUCUUUCUUAGCUUCUUUAACCAUAGACACUUUAAGAAACCCAUCAACAUAUUCUGCGAGUUCAUCCCACACAUUAUCUUCCUGAUGUGCAUCUUUGGUUACUUGAAUAUCUUGAUUCUAUGGAAGUGGGCCACACCAUAUUAUGUUCAGAACUCUGCUGCCGCCCCCAGUCUUCUCUUAGGUUUGAUAAACAUGUUCCUGUUCAAGUAUGCAGAUGAGAAUGACACUAAUGUCCCAGUUAGUUCCAAGCUAUUUUAUUCUGGCCAGAAACCAAUUCAGUUUAUGCUAGUAGCCCUUGCUGCUAUCUGUGUUCCAUGGAUCAUGUUAGUAAAACCCUACAUUCUCUACAAACGGAACAAGAGCAAGACAGCCCGACGUGCAUUGAUGUCUGAAGCUAAUGGUGCUACCCCUAAUGACCAAGAUGUCAUACACCAUCCUGAGCAAGUACACCAAGAAAACAUUCCUGAGGAAGAGUUCCAAAUAGGAGAGGUGGUGAUUAUCCAGGUUAUCCAUACAAUUGAGUUCUGUCUUGGUUGUAUCUCCAACACUGCAUCCUAUCUGAGAUUGUGGGCAUUGAGUCUUGCUCAUGCAGAGUUAUCUGAUGUCCUGUGGUCAAUGGUGUUUAGAGUUGGGCUGUCAAUAAAUGGCUGGGCAGGAGCUGCUGUCCUCAUAUUUGUGUUUAUCUUCUGGUCUGUUCUCACCCUGGCUGUCCUGCUCGUCAUGGAGGGACUCUCUGCAUUCCUGCAUGCGAUUCGUCUUCACUGGAUUGAGUUCCAGAAUAAGUUCUAUACAGGGAUGGGGUACAAGUUUGUACCAUUCUCCUUUGACCAGAUCCUAGAAACGUCACACAUCGAGGCAGAAUAGAAACCAGAGCCAAAAACCUCCUAAGGGAAUAUAAACACAUGGAAUUCAUAUUCCCUCCUUGAAAUUAGCUGAUUUACUUGCUAGUUAUUUGGGACAAUAUUCACCCAUUUGUCUGUUUUCUGCUGUAAUAGCAAUUCUGGACUCUCUUGGAUUUUUCUUUCAUGAUGUCAAUGUAUGAGUGGUGCAUCAUAGCAUUAUACCAACAAACAAAUAAAUUGGAAGUACUAUAAAUCAUUAUGUGUCUAUAUUAUACUGAUUUUGUAAAUGUAUCAUUCUGUAUAAAUCUUGUGAAAGAGACAUUUAAGGUGAUUGAUGCAUCAGGGAUAUAUUGUAAAGGUAGUCACCUGUGUGGUCUUCCCUUCUGUAUUAGAUUACAUUGUGAGGUCACAGUAAUGUACAUUGUGAGGUCACAAGGAGCAGUAAUUUCAAAUGUAGAAAAUUGUGGAAGGUAAUGUGACUUUCCAGGUACUAGUUGUUAUUCAAAGUUGGUGGAAUUUUUCCAGCAUUUAUCAUGUUGUUUUUAUUCAGCUCAUGUUGAGUAAAAUCAGUAAAAUGGUGCAUAAUAUAAUAGUAAAUAUAUAUAUAUAAGUAUCAGUACUUGAAUAGAUUGUGGCUUACUCAUGAUGUUCAAUGAAAAAUUGUUAGGUUGAGUUGUAACCUGGAGGCAUGAUCUAUUCAAGUCUUGGUACUCUGCAGUUAGUUAGGGGUGGUGUCCAAAUGAGUGCAUUUGUGAAAAUUUAGUUUAAAGUUUAGUAGGGUUAAACCUGACCCCCUCAUUACCAAGGUGAAAAUGCUAAUUUGCUGUU